AACCACAUUAUCACAUUAAUAUCACCCUAACAAAACAUCACCUUGACAUAAAGGAGUGUCAUCAACUUAACCAGCGAUACUUUACUCAUUGUUGUUAAAUGAGUGUUUAAAACUCAUUUGAAAAUGUCAAGCCAACCGUAAGAUUUUUUAAUGACCAUUAAAUGUCAAAUUGCAGCAAUAGUUUUCAGCUGUGGUAAAAAAAGUGGCUCUAUUUAACAAUGAAUUUAAUGAAGUAACAUAUUUAACAAAAUUAUGAUUCAAGAAAGAUAUUUAAAGAAUUCUGCAUCAUAUCUCGAGUUUAUAACAGUAAAAUCAAAUUCCUUUCAUUCCGACCUCAAAUCUUAAACCAAUACAUAUCAUGCAUACAGCACUUUUUCACAAAGUUUUCAAAAUCACAACCCCCUGACAAUCGACUGCACAGUUCAGUACAAUAAAACUAAAAAGGAAAACAAACUUCUUCAAACACAAGCUGAAACAAAACAAUUACUUAACAUGAGUAAGUAUGAAAAAAUGGAAUGUAAACAGUCUAGUCACAUGACCGGAAGUACCGGAAGUAAUAGAUCGAGAGUGAGGCAACCAUUUUUUAGUUGUAUUGAGUCACACAUACUCUGCUGCUAGUACAAAUUUUACUCAUAAGCACAAAACCCAGCACUUCAACGAAAAGAAAACUAUAUACAAGAGUGACAAGUCACCAUCUUUGGACUCUAUGUGAAGGCUGCACUGAAAGGGAUCUGUACUUCACACAGUCCUACACAUCUGUGUCAGAUUCACCAGUCCCCCAGCCAGACAAGUCAACAUGAGAAGGAAGGAUCUUACAGACAUUGUGAGCAGCCUUGCAUUGCUGCACCUGCUGUGGGGUCUCUACACCUACUGCAGUCUCUCCUCCCACCUGCUUCUCUGUGUCCUCGUCAUCCACCACCUCCAUGUACACAGACAGGAGUCAGGUGAUGACUACAUCUCUGAAAACUUCAACAUUGAUCGUCUCUAUGAAGAAAGACCAGAGUUCUUCGAAGAGCUAAAAAAAAAUUUAACCCGUCUAAACUGCAAUCAAUCUUCAAGCCAAUGGGACAGAGGGUUAGUACAUUCACUGCAUGGUGAGGCAGCCCACAAUGCAUGUGCCACUACUGAGAGAUUCGAAUCUAGCAUAACUAGAUUGUCUGUAGGUGGUUCUCCACAACUGCCAAAUAUUCCUAGAAAUAAUACCACAGACCUGGAACCUUCUAUGACUUCCAUGGCAGCCAGCGGAGUCUCCAAUGAUCAGCCAUACGCUGAAUCUGAACACAGUGGCCAUGAUCCACUAAGUGGUUCUGAUUUGGAGGUGGAUAAUGAAGCAGAGAGCCACAGCGUAAACUGUUGCAAUAGGCAUGACGUUAAUGUUGAUGAACCCAAUAAAUCUGUGGCUGCUGAAACUGAUGGGUUGGUUGUUGACACGGCUACUGCUGAUGAAUCCAAGGUAGACACGGCUACACCUGAUGAAUCCAAGGUCGACAAGGCUAAUGCUGAUGAAUCCAAGGUCGACAAGGCUACUGCUGAUGAAUCCAAGGUCGACAAGGCUACACCUGAUGAAUCCAAAGUCGACACGGUUAUUGCUGAUGAAUCAAAGGUUGGCACGGCUAUUGCUGAUGAAUCCAAAGUCGACACGGUUAUUGCUGAUGAAUCAAAGGUUGGCACGGCUAUUGCUGAUGAAUCCAAGGUUGGCACGGCUAUUGCUGAUGAAUCCAAGGUCGACAAGGCUAUUGCUGAUGAAUCCAAGGUCGACAAGGCUACUGCUGAUGAAUCCAAGGUCGACAAGGCUACUGCUGAUGAAUCCAAGGUCAACAAGGCUAUUGCUGAUGAAUCCAAGGUCGUCAAGGCUACUGCUGAUGAAUCCAAGGUCGACAAGGAUACUGCUGAUGAAUCCAAGGUAGACACGGCUACACCUGAUGAAUCCAAGGUAGACACGGCUACACCUGAUGAAUCCAAGGUCAACACGGUUAUUGCUGAAGAAUCCAAGGUCGACAAGGCUACUGCUGAUGAACUCAAGGUCGACAUGGCUAUUGCUGAUGAAUCAAAGGUAGACACAGCUACACCUGAUGAAUCCAAGGUAGACACAGCUACACCUGAUGAAUCCCCUAAGGAAAAUGCUGUCCUUCCAAAAACUGACUAUUCACAGAAUCAGACUUUGGAUGACACAAAGGAAAACCUCAAGACUACAGACAAGCCUUCAAAUCUUACCAGUCAGCAUUUGGAAGACAAAGAUAGCUCACUCAUCAUUGACAGGACACAGAACGAAAGGGAGGUGUCGCUCAGUAGAAGCAACAGUCCAACUAACCUCAGGGAAGAUGAGGAUGCAGUUAACCCCGUAUCUAUAUAUGAUGUGAGCCGCAAUAGAGAAAACAAACAGGUGCCAGGGCCACAACAAGCAGAUAUGCGCAAAGCUGGUAAAUCUUGUGUGUCUACGCGACAUCAAGGAAAUCCCGGGCAAAGAUCUCAAACAUGUGUAGCAGUAUUCUCCCCCACUGAUGAUCCCGAGAAAUUGCAAUCCCAUCAAAGGGAACAUUAUCCUCAGGCCACUUCUAGUGACCCUGUCCUGUUGCCCACGUAUCCCUUAGUGGACGGACAACAUCAUGAAACUACAGAGAGCUCAAUUCCUGAAAACACAGAUGUGUGCAAGAACCAGGUGCAGAGACCUGGACCAACACUAACAGAUCCUGAAGCUAAACAUGACAGAUGCUCUGAUCACAACAAUGGUUGUAUGGAACUACACAAACAGAUGACCAAACAGACUGUGAAUCUUCAAGAGGAACCAACAAAAUCUACAACAACACAAGCUGAUCGCAAGAAUCAACAGGCCAGAUCUUCUGAUCAAGACAAUGUUUGUUUGAAUGGCCAGCCUUCAUCAAGUCAGGAGGCUCCAGUGGAGUUGCAUCCAACCAAACUAGAGGCUCAGAAGAAACAAAAGGGUACGGAUGCUGACGUCGAGAAAGAAGACAAACCCUCAGAUGGAAGGCCAUCUGUGAAGGACAAGGGCACGACACCGCUGACUGAAGAACUUGUGAACCUGACUCAGCAGACUUACUUCCAGAGUUCUAUGUCCAAUAUAUCCAUUACCCUGUCUGCUGGAUCUCGUCAGAAUGGAAAUCAGCCCGUCACCAUUCAACGUGACCAUACUGAGAAAUGGCCAACAGAAAGUUCCUCUGACAGUGAGUGAAACAAGGGAGACCACUCAAUGAAUGUCACCUGAGAAGUGUCAGAAAGUACGAAGGGAGGCAAUCAUGACAAGCCAAGACAUCAACGCUCCCUCACUCAUCCUACAUCUUAAUGACACUGUACAGUAUAGCAAUAUUAUAUUCUAUAGCUUUGUAUUUUAGAAACUUGCCUUAUAGUGACAUUUAUUUGAAUGCUUUAAAGUGAAGCCUCGUUAAUCUGGAUGGCAGCAAUCAGUGUGGAAUUAACAGAUAACAAAUCAAAUGUAAAGAGUAAUGUCCCUUUGUCCAUACGUAAGUAUUCCCCGCAGUUCAGAGAGCAGGGUUUCUGCUUUCACAGGUCUUGACUAAGGAGGUUUCACUGCAUGUAGAUAUAUGUAUUAGCUUUUCAUAUUGUGAAUUUUUCCAAUAAUUUUCAAAUGUGAUAACAUGCUGUCACCAAACCAGCGAUGGAUGUUUACCAAAUGCACGACCACCAUCUGUAUGUUCAUCUUCCUCUGUGCAUGCCUUGUAGUCCAGUUAGAAAUACUGGGUGUGCUCCGUCUGUCAGAUCUUUGUGCAUUUGAAGCAGAUUCAAAUUGAUUUUUCAAGGAAGAACUCUUCAAGAAUGUUUCAAGUACCCUCUUAAACUUCAAGCACUUUCCUGUUUGAAACCUGCAUAAAAAAUGUUUAGGAUGGAGGAAUUCUUAAACUGAACCUACCACGUCAAUUUUAUAGAUUUACCUUCCAAAGUGUUUCAUGAUGCAUACGACUACAGUCUACAUUUCUUUCCAUAGUUUAUAGACAUGCCUUGGCAAAGACUAAAAAGAAAAAUACCGUAUUCAACGUAAUAAGUGCCCAGAUCGCUUUCAAAAUUAGAAAUAGGGGGCUCUUAUUAGAAUAUUAUUUGGGUGAAAAAAACAGACUGAAAAGAUAAAUUUCGUGGUUUAUUCUGACAGCCUGAAAUGCUUAUAUGCUGCAGAUAUAUUUUUGCAGAAUUUAACUGCCCGUACGUAAAGGGUGCAUAUAACACUCCAGUGUGUAUUAUAUGCAAAUAAAAAAGUUUUGUGUACAUUGAUCAAUCGGAAGGGGUGCUAACUGGGAACGUUCACUAGCCAAUAUAUUAGCAAAUAUCGCCGUGGACGCUUAUUAGAGGGGGGCGCUUAUUACGUCGAAUACGGUAGUCUUGGUUCUCAGGCCCGCCCACAUCAGCAUAAAGUCGGCCGCAUGUUUUGUUUUUAUUUCCACCUUAAAAAUAAUCAUCCUUAAAUAUUCUGCAGUGCGAACACAUGACCCCAAUACUUACUACAAUACUUAAAAACAAAGCUGUCCAAUAUAGCGUGCAGUUACUUCCCUUAACGUGCACACUGCCUUACUGUGCAUCACGUGUUAAGGUCAUUGUGGCAAUAGGAGUUUGUUUGUUUUCAAGGUGAGUUCACGGUGAGUUGAUGUCAAUCAGUUCAUAUACACGAUUAGGCUAAAAUUAAUGUAAACAAUAUUGAAUGAAAUCUUGGAUAAAAGUUAUAUAAUGGAUGACAAAGUAAGUCCAGAUACACAAUGAACACCCUUACAGCAAGAUAGUGUAAUAACAGGACUAACUUUCGUACUUCAGUACAGAUUUGUUCACAUGAUACUUCCGGUGUUGUGUGCUCACAAUAAUCUCUUCCCAUUGAAAUAAAAUCAAAACUCAUUGUAUGCGUGUAUGAUGCACACACUGGUAGUUCAACAGUAGUCCCUAUCCCAGGUUGAUUGUACACAACUGUCUAUUUGCUUACAUACUAGUUUGUACUGAAAAAAAACAAAAAAAACAUGCCGCCCACCCGCCCGCCCGCACUAUUUUUCUAAAAGCCUGAGAACCAAUUCUUUUAUUUGUUUAAGCCCAAGCAGAUCCUUUUUAUGUAAAAAAAUUACUUUCUUUGUUAAUCACUAACCCAUCUUCUGUAUCCUUUUUGGGUGAAGAAUGUUUUCUGUGCCUUUGUGACUUGUUGCCAGGACAGUAGAUUUCCUUGUAGAACUAGAAUGCUGUUUCUGUCUGAAUGUUUUGAGCUGUCAAUGUAUUUGUCUUUCCAUCAGCUUCACUUCCAGG